GAAAUGAACCUCUCGUUUCAUUGGUGAAAAGAAAACGAACCAGGAACUAUUCGGAGGUGUGAUUGGCUGUUGCUAGGAACCCUCCCAAGGCCUCAUGGGUCCUUGUUACGGAAGCCGAGGAGCGCCGAGCGCGGGCUCUACCUCAAGGAAGUUAGGUGCAGAAGCCCAGUGAGCUGAGGUCUCGCAGGCCCGAUGGCGGCUGUGGAAGCUAGCGGUAGUGACGGGAAAGAGCAAGGGAUUGAGACUUCCGUCACCUAUUACCGGUUGGAGGAGGUGGCGAAGCGCAACUCCCUGGAGGAACUAUGGCUGGUGAUCCACGGGCGAGUCUACGAUGUCACCCGCUUCCUUAACGAGCAUCCUGGUGGAGAAGAGGUUCUGCUGGAACAAGCUGGUGUAGAUGCAAGUGAAAGCUUUGAAGAUGUGGGCCACUCUACUGAUGCCAGAGAAAUGUUAAAGCAGUACUAUAUUGGUGAUGUCCAUCCGAGUGACCUUAAACCUCAAAGUGGUAACAAGGAGCCUUCGAAAAAUGAUACGUGCAAAAGGUUAGUAUCCCCUUUACAGACUUCUUUUUUAUUGAAACAGAACUCGUUUUUUACCGAGAGCCAGAGGGAAAAGAUUUUCAGACCUUGUCACUACCAUCCAUGA